AUGACAUCGCUCGACCAGUUUGAGCAGCUUCAGCAGCACAGCUACACCUUUGCCUCUCCGCCUCCGUCGACGAUGGACUCCUUCACUGGCGACACCAGCCCGCUGAGCAGUCUCGGCUCUGGCCUACGCAAGCUAGACCGCAUCGGCGGCGAUGGCGGCGCGGCGUCGCGGCAGAAGAGCUGCAAUGCCUGUGUUAGAGGCAAGCGGCGCUGCGACAAGCGAACUCCACGAUGCACCCGGUGUGCGACAAAGGGCCUGGACUGCGUCUAUCAGCGUCAGCCUCCUCCUAUUGCUCAGCAGCAACAGUCACAACAGCAACAGUCACAACAACAGCAACAAUCACAGCAACAGUCCCAGCCGCAGUCGCAAAACCUCCUACACCAUCAACAUCAACACCAAUCACCACCCAUCACCUCAAACUCUGCAACGGCAUCGUCGUCUUGUGCUUCCGCCGUCGAGGGCAGCUGCACUACACCCGACAUGCCCCCCGAAUUCGACAUGAGCUUCGAUAUUGAGAGCCUCGGCACUGCAACCGGUACAAACACGAGUCCCGAGAGUCUCCAGCAGCAGGACGUGGGGUUGGGGCUCGGCGGCGAGUCUCAGCAUCACCAGCAUGCCGAUCUAGGCUUCUCCAUCGUCGAUUUGAUGAAUGCGAGCGCCGGCACGGGCCCUGGCAGCUUGUGGGAUCUGACCGGCUUUGGAGACGGCACCAGCAAGAUGGACCUUCCGCCGGUUCCCGUCAUCCCGCCGUUACAGACGCAGCAGCAACCGGGCCAGUCGCAGCAACAGCAACAACAGCAGCCGCAACAACCCGUGCACGAUCCCCGCAGCAAGAUUGGCUUCAUUGUCCAGAGUAUAUCAGAGAUGUACACGAGCUUCACGCAGCGCCGCGAGGCUCCCUUCAUGCACCCCCGCCUGUGGAUGUCACAGCUACCCAAAACCAUCAUCACAACAUUUGCCGCUACCUCGGCGUAUUCGGCACGUACUGCGCAGACCAAGGGAUGGGCGCUCAAGGUGCUGCUAGAUGCAGUGCGCGAGGUCCAUCGGGAUGGUGAGAGGGCGACUACACACGCCGACCGCCUGGCCAGAGUGCAAGCCCUUUUGCUGCUCAACUCGAUGCGCAUCUUUGACGGGGAUGUGAGCAUGAGGGCGGCAGCCGAGAGAGAGAUGAGCGUCAUGCUGGCGUGGGUAAAGGAUCUAGUUGUGGUCAAGAAUGAGCUGGAGGAGGGCUUGCCAGCAUCAACUCUUAUCUCGAGAGAUAGGCCGCCAAAGAGCUGGGAGAGCUGGAUUAUGCUGGAAAGCACUAGGCGCACCAUUAUGAUUGCUUAUGCAGUCAUGUGUCUCGUUUUCGUCUUGAAAUCUGAAGAAGCCCCCAACGACUGCUGGGAAGACGGGCAUAGCUUCACGAGCUCGCGGCACCUCUGGGAGGCCACAUCGUCGGUUGAAUUUUUCAAGGCCUGGCGUGAGAAGCCGCAGUAUUGCAUCACCGAUCUUAGUUUCAAGGAGUUCUGGAUGUAUGCGAGACCGGACGACAUGGAUGAGUUUACGAGGCUGAUGCUGACCACGCAAGUUGGCGUGGAUGCCAUUGAGCACUUUCUUUCAGGCGACACGAGCAUUCCGGUUGAGUGA